GCGGAAGAGUUUGUCUUUACAAGCUUCCGCAUAUUUUCACCUCGGUUCUGAGUGAUUUAUCCCAAACAGCAGCUCGGUGAAGUGUCGGUGUGUCGGUGUGUGUGUGUCGGUGUGUGUGUCGGUGUGUGUGUGUCGGUGUGUGUGUGUCGGUGUGUGUGUCGGUGUGUGUGUCGGUGUGACAGAAUGGAAGGCGACAUGAUGCUACACUUGGCCAAUUUCAGCACGUUGUUCGUGUGUAUGGUGCUGAAACUGCCCCAGAUUGUGGUGCUGAUGAGAGCGAAGUCCGCCGCUGGAGUGAGUGUGAACAGCCUGCUGCUGGAGAUGACCGGGUUUAUAGUAUUUGUCUCCUAUCAGAUGUUUUAUGAUUAUCCUCCUCCUACAUACCUGGAGUAUCCUAUCCUCAUCGCACAAGAUGUGGUCCUGCUGAUUCUCAUCCUGCAUUAUAAUAGAAACAUGAAGCACAGUCUAAUCUAUGCUGCUGUGUUUGUAGGAGGCUGGAAACUGAUCACCAUGGAGAAGUGGAUCAUCGACAUGGCCAUGAGUGUGUGUACGCUCAUCAGUGCAGGCAGUAAACUCCUGCAGCUUCAGUGUCUGUGGAGAUCUAAAAACUCAGCGCAGGUCAGCACUCUCACCUGGGCGUUAGCGUCCUACACGUGUGUGGCCAGGAUCUUCACCACCGUGGUGACGACUGGAGACACUCAGGUUCUGAUCCGCUUCGUGGCCAUGACCGUUCUGAACGUGUGGGUGACGGCCACCGUGAUCUACUACAAACCCGGCGCUAAGAAACGCGCCUGAUUCUGAGGGGUUCUGACAUCACUUCCUGUCACACAGGAACAUCGUUCUGUUGGUAUUGAGUUAGAUGGGAAGUGUGAGAGAGAUUGUGACUAAAACAUACGGACUGAAGACCAGCACUCAACUGCCUCAGGAUCAGGAGCUGUUUGUUUGUUUCUGUCUCUCUCUCUCUCUCUCUCUCUGUCUCUCUCUCUCUCUCUCUCUCUCUCUCUCUGUCUCUGUCUGUCUCUCUCUCUCUCUCUCUCUCUCUCUCUGUCUCUGUCUCUCUCUCUUUCUUUCUCUCUCUCUCACACACACUCUCUCGCUCUGUCUCUCUCUCUCUCUCUCUCUCUCUCUCUCUCUCUCUCUCUCUCUCUGUCUCUCUGUCUCUGUCUGUCUCUCUCUCUCUCUCUCUCUCUGUCUCUGUCUCUCUCUCUUUCUUUCUCUCUCUCUCACACACACUCUCUCGCUCUGUCUCUCUCUCUCUCUCUCUCUCUCUCUCUCUGUGUCUGUCUCUCUCACACUCUCUCACACUCUCUCUCUCUCUCUCUCUCUCUCUCUCUCUGUCUCUCUCUCUGUCUCUCUCUCUGUCUCUCUCUCUGUCUCUCUCUCUCUCCCUCUCUCUCUCUCUCUCUCUCUCUUUGAUCCUCUUUACCACUUUUUAUCUCAGGGUUCUGGUUUAUUCUCUAAUGUUUCCAGCAGUAGUUACGUGUCAUUGUGUACGUUCUGAACAUCUCAGUGUUAAUUCUCUCUAACGUGCCUUUACACUUCUGAUCCAUUCCCCUGUAACUUUUGGAGACUUUCUUCCAAACUCUUUUUGCAUUUCUUUCACUUUUAAAACUUCUCUCCAUAAACUUUUGUUAAAUUAGUUAAAGGACCAACCAAAGUUCUGUAAAAACCUACGUACAGUGUUUACAUUUACAGUGAGUGUGUGUCCACAAUCCUGCUGUUAUUUAUCCAGCUAGUCUGGAGGGAUGAUGUAUCGAGACUAGUUUUGUCUUCCAGAAUUAAACUGGUGUACUAAUCCUCGUGCUCGUGGACGCAGCUGACGCUUGUUUUUAGCAGCCUCCGUUCCCGAAGACUGACGUUUACAUGUAAUGCUGUUCAUCUGGGACCAGUUCACAUGACCUGAGUGCAUAAUACCAGUGUUUUUGUCUCGUUAUUUCUCUUAGACCAACAGAUUUAAGCACAAAGCAUCAUAUAAACAAGUCACACAAGUUCCAUUCACAUUCUACCUUUCCUUCUAAACAAAGAGAACUGCAGGGUUUCACUAUCAAACUCUUUCAACCCUUCUGUGUGUGUGUGUGUGUGUGUGUGUGUGUGUGUGUGUGAACCAACACUGUGUGAGUUUUGUGGUGUUUUCACUGAUUUGCCCUCACCUACACCUGCAGGUUUUCUCGGGAGUCUGAAUGUGGUGAAUUUGAUGACUGCUAAUUGGUCAACUUUAUUUUCUGUUAGGAAAGGCAAUAAAAAUUAUACUAAUUUUACUCAA